CUUUACCGCCGUUACUCUGACUGUGAUGAAGAGUUGUGAAGAGGCGUAACCAGAAACAAACUGGGAAAACUCAGGAGUUCAGUCGUUAUCCCCGAACACAUCUGUCGAAUUACAGACUGGACCUUCUCCGUUACUUUUCCUCCGUGUCGGAGGUGGAGGUUUACGGUCCCGGGAAACUCUGUAGAUGUUUCGGGUCUGACGCAGACCGAGAGGCUGGGGGCUAAGCUAACAGCUCAUUACUAGAGCAGAUGGCUAGGCUAAGCUAGGCUAGGCUAAUAGCUCCUUGCUAGAGCAGCGGGAAGGCUAGGCUAGAGUAACAGCUUCUGUUGUGACUGGACCUUGAACUUGGAGAAACUUUUAUAAAAGCAGUAGGAGCUUGAUUGUUAAGAUAUUCGUUUUCAGUUUCUGAGAAGAUAAAAUACUUUAUUUUGCUUUGAUUUUGCGGUGGAAGCCGUUGUCUUAUCGUGGUAGCAGGCUUUGUCAGCAGCCAGAAAGACCGCUCAGCCGGAGCGCGGAUUCGUCCAGGACCACCGCAUGUGAGAGCCCUGCUGGGCUUGGUGAUCUCAGAAGGACUCGCUGAUCGCGGUGCUGCUUUCUCUGGACGCUGUGCUCCCCAGAGGAUAGUUAGCAUGGAGGCUGCGGAGCCCCACCGCGGCAACUCGGAGCGGUUACAUAACGGCAGCAGGUCGGCAGAGAAGCGGCUGAACGUCUCCUCCUCCUCCGCCUCCUCUUCAGCUCCACUGUGACACUUCUGCACGCAAACAGACCCGCAACAGCAGCAGCAGCGACACGACGCCGACAGCCGCAGCAUGGAGGCGGUGUGACUGCUGGCAGGCUGAACCCGCUCAGAAGAUGGAGUCCAACCCGCUGAUUAACGCUUUGGACCCGUCCAUCACCCUGUGGCAGUUCCUGCUGCACCUGCUGGAGGACCAGCGCCAGCGCCACCUGAUCUCCUGGACCGGCGAGGACGGAGAGUUCAAGCUGCUGGACGCAGAGGAGGUGGCCCGUCUCUGGGGGCUGCGCAAGAACAAGCACAACAUGAACUACGACAAGUUGAGCCGCGCACUGCGCUACUACUACGACAAGAACAUCAUCAAGAAGGUCAGCGGUCAGAAGUUCGUCUAUAAGUUUGUGAGCCAGCCCGACCCGGCGCCGGCAGACGGGCCUCGCGGCGCUGAGGAGGUCCCGAAGAAAGACGCCUGCGACCCAAUCGGCCAGCUGAAAGGCCUGGGGGGCGUGGUCUCGGUCUGCCAGUCAAAGGGCUCAGCCCAGCGCCCGGCGCCCGGCGGCGCCCAGAAGAGCUCCAGGAACGACUACAUGAAGUCCGGCCUCUACUCCACCUUCACCAUCCAAUCCCUGCAGGCCCCGCCCAACCCCCGCCCAAUCAAAUCGGAGCUGCUGCUGCAGCCGGACCCCGCCCUCAAGGCCAGAGAGGUGAGCCUGCUGCCAGAAGGCCGGCCCUCCCCUCCAGCUGGUGGCGCUGUGGACUCGCUGCAGCUCGCCCCCCAGGCCUCGCCCCGCCCCGCGCCGGCGCUCAGCCCGCAGGCCGCCGCCAGCAGCCAAUCACAGGACCCCCCCGGCCCUCCUCUCAGCGAACCCCCCCACAUCUACCUCACCAGCGUGGGCGACUCGCCCCCUUUCGCCCCCCUGCUCCCCCUGGCUCCCGGCGGGGGCCGAGGUCCAGGCUCCGCCCCUGACGGGCCGCCGGCCCCCCUGCUGGAUGACCCCGCGGCCCCCCCGCACCACCCUGUCUUCGUCAUCAUCAACCCGUCGCCCCCUCCCCAGGCCCCACCCCCACCUGUCGUCAUCAAAGAGGAGAACCUGCCGUCGGAGGAGGAGCUGCUGGAGAUGGUGACCCUGCAGAGGAAGCCGGCGGACCAGGUUCCCCAGCUCGUCUGUGGCCCAGCAGAACCAGAACCACUCAUCACCAUUGUGGAGAGCCCCCCUCCUCCGGGGCUGGACGCCCAGCAGGAAGUGGAAGGGGGCGGGGCCAAGGACUCUCUAGCAGAGCCCUUCGUUGCCACAGUAACGUGCUCCUCCUCAUCUUCGGCGUCGACCUCGCCGUCCUGCGCCGGGCCGCCCAAACCCAAGAAGCCCCGGAUCCUGGAGCUGCCGUCCUCACCCUCCCUGCCGCCAGGCCUCUCCCUGGAUAAGGUGAACGCCGCUGUCAACAGUCUGUUGGCGCCGGGCGCCCCCAACACUCUGACGCCGACCGUCAUCACCUCCCACGCCUUGACCCCGGUGCUGCUGACCCCCAGUGCUCUUCCCUCCACCAUCCACUUCUGGAGCACGCUCAGUCCCAUCGCCCCGCGCUCACCGGCCAAGCUGUCCUUCCAGUUUCCGGCCAACGGCAGCAACCAGAUCCACAUCCCGGCGCUGAGCGUGGACGGACUCUCCACCCCGGUGGUUCUGUCCCCGGGUCCCCAGAAGCCCUGAUCCCGACCCCAGGACUCCCUUUGGACCGAAUGCUGAGGCGCUUCCGCAGCGCCACCUGCUGGAGACCCUGACCGUGAAGAUGACGAUGCCAGGUGGACGGCCUUCAUCCUCAUUUAAAACCCUUGUCUUCGUCAGAAUGGUGCUGGGCGACGCCGGGAACCCAAAGCAUCCGGAACCGACCGGAACCAGAAACUGAAGCCGGACGGUGGUUGACUGAUUUCUCUGUAACCAUGGCAACGCCCAUUGGCACCGCACCGGUCUGAGAACCGGGAGGAAAGGUCGGCGCAGCCGGAACUUUGGGAUUCUGUUUAUUUAUGCUGGAUUUGCUCCAGACGUUCCCGAUCCGACUUGGGUCGGAUUAAAGAUCCAUUUUACAGACCGAGCGCUGCUCUGAUUGGCCACGCCUUCCCUGCAACGGACCAAUCACAGAGCAGCGUCUGCUUCCUCCCUGCAGGGGGCGCUCACAUUCCUCCUCCUGGAUUUCAGAUCUAAACUGUAAAUAUUCCUCUGUUGCCACAGAUCGGUUCUGUUGAGGCGGGUUCGAUCAGAACCCCUGAACUGGUUCUGGUUGCCAUGGUAACUCGUUGAUCCACAAUGGAUCUUUGCUAAAACUGAUGUUUUUGGACCAGAAGCAGAGUGCUUAGUCUGGAUUGUUCCGCUUGAUCUGAUCAGAACCUCAAACCCAGCCGCUGUAGAGCGGUUCCGACGGUCUUUAAGGGUUCCAGUUUCAGGAAUAUCGGACCAUUUCUGUCCGGAGAACGUCGAACUAACGGAGAACUCCGACCUUUAGGAUCUACCGACCGGAUCGGACCGGAUUCAGGAAGUUUCUGAGCUGGAAGCUGGAAAAUCUGAUUCCAGAGGAAAAGAUGAAAUUCUGUGUUUAUAAAAGAAAAACUGUUUGAGUCAAAAUGUUGAAUGUUUUUCAGGACGGAAUAUUGUUGAGCGGUUCUGAUGAACGAGUGGCCAGCGGCACUUUACUGAGGAGGAGGAGGAGGAGGAUGAAGGUGGAGGGUGAGAUUCUCCAGUUUGGAGAAGAAACCGUCUGACUGUUGCUAGCUGUGGUUGCUACGGUAACCUGACAUGACUGUUGCUGUUGCCUUCAUAGUGUUUCUGAAUCGCUGAGGUCGGGUCAGACCCACCUGGACUGGAUCCGUUCCCUCACACAGUACCUGUGCUUUGACCUUUCAGGGAAAGGUCAGACUGAGCACAGGUCCAAUCAGUCAGCAGGUAUGAUACGCGCAGCGUCCACCGAACGCAGUGUCCUGCAUGCUCGGACGCACUUAGACGGUAUCCUUGUACGUAUCUGACCUUUCCCCCGUUGCACCCUGACCUUUCCCCCUUUGCACUCCGACUUGGACGGACUCUCAUACCAGACAUGGUCUCGGAUUUGGACACAGCCGGUUCACAGACGCCAUGUUUGGACCUUCAACCCUUCAGACUCAGACCAUCAGAACCUGUUGCUGUUCAGAAACCCGGUCCUGAUGAGGAACCGGGAUUUCUGAGGUUGGGUUCCUUUGGCCCGAGUUCUGGUGCCGACUGUGUCCUGAUGAUGGGGCUUCCCAGCCUCUGCGGGUCCCUGAAUGCAGCAUGACUCUAUUUUUCUACCAGACGUCCGAAUUUAUUUUGUUCUCAAAGUUGCCUUAAAGAUCCUGAGCAGCAGGAAGGAGGUUCUGGAAGAUUCUGUCCGACCAAGAAGCCAUGUUUGUGGACCAGAACAUUUCUCUCACCAGCAGAACCUGAAGAAUGUCUCCACACUGAUCACUCAGCAUUUCCUCCUGCUGCUCCGUGUGGUUCUGUUUGAUGGAACUGGACCCGACUUCUGAAGGUAUCUGCAGAAUCCGAAGCUCCAUUCAGACCCGACUCGUUUCUGUGUGUGGGUGUGACCCGUUUAGCUCCGUCUGUCUGAGGUUCUUCUCUGCUGGAGCCGAUGGAGAACCUGGCAGGUGUCUGCUGAGCAGAACCUAAAGGUUUGGUUUUGACCUGAAGGGAUCUGAUGGAGGCUUCAGCAGAACCUCAGAGUCUCUGUUUACCCGGUUCCUUGGGCCAGAACAUCCUGAGUCACUAUCCCUGUUCCAUGAUGGGGCUUCAAAGCCCCAUGACCCGUCUGACGACACUAAAGUCUUUAGAUGUGACACCGCCGUCAAGUGGUCCCUGGCUCCGCCUCCUGUAGGUCAGGUGGUCCCUGGCUCCGCCUCCUUUAGGUCAGGUGGUCCCUGGCUCCGCCUCCUGUAGGUCAGGUGGUCCCUGGCUCCGCCUCCUGGUGGUGCUGAUGUUCUAGAGUUUUCUUUCUGACCUGCUGAUCUUCUUUUAUUACUUCAGUGUGGUGGGCGGGGCUAAAACCCUAUUUGUGUUAUGUCCCAUGAUGCUUUGCUGACAGGAAGCUCCAGAACGUUUUCUGUACAUACAUGAUGCUCCUGAUCACAUGACUGUUUAACCUGUACUAUGUGACUGGGCCGACCAAUGACAUGUUUCUGUCGUCACUCCUCAAGGCAUGGCCCCGCCCCUCCUCGGCUGCCAUUGGCUGGAGGGUUGAUUGAUGUAAAGGGGCGGGGCCUGCGUUUAUUUUUCUGGGUCUGACGACAAACUUUAAAUCAAAAGAUAUUUUUAUUUGAUGUAAACGUUGUUUUCUACAAUCGCAUCAGGAAAUAAAGAUUCAUCCGAGUCUCUA